AUGUUCAAAGCCCGCGUUCAGGAAUGGAGCUUCCAGAAAAACGUCACGAAACAGAAACUCCGCCCUGCUCGUAAAGGCCAAGACUCUCAACUCUUGAGCCUGAAUGAUCUGGCCGGUAUGAAAGAAGGGGUCGACUCCCUCUGCACAGGCCAUCUUCGAAGUGAUACUGAAUGGGGUUGGUCUCUGGGUGAUGACUUCCGUGUCGUGGAAGACGAGUGGGAUGACGCUUGGGGAGAUACUGCAGAGUUCAUCGACAAGCUGCUCAAAGGCUCUGGAGCAUCAAGCAUUGACGAUCUUAAUGGUGUUCUUAAGCCUAUGGUAGAAACACUCGGGCUCUUUUCAUUACCCGCGAUAUUCGCCCUGGUUGUCCGGAUGUGUAGAAAGCUCCAGAAUGUAGGACUCGUCCGACAGACUGUUGGAGCUUUUCUCUUGAAGUGCCAGAAAAUUGCGGAGAACAUGCACUCGGAUCGUCAUUCGGCGCUUAUCAAAGUGCUCAAACACACGUACUCAAUCUCCCAGCAAGACACAGAAAGCCUUGCAAGCCUAGUUGAGGUGGUCUUUUCUAUCUACAUCGGUUUUGUUAACACCUUCGCCAAAUCAGAAAGUGCCACGGCUCUCUCUCUCGUCUCAUUCUACCUUGUGUACGUCAACCCAGAGUCCUGGCGUCUUGAGGUUACUCUAGAGAAACUUUAUCGACUACUCGAUCGAUCCGAGGAAAUUAACGGCAGGGAAGAUGAUGCGACAUUGGAUAUUUUAGGUCUUGCCAUCUUCAUCCUCCAGAAGACAGAUAAGAAAGUUGAUCUGGCCAACAACUGCAACAGCAUGAAGAAUCGUAUUGACAAACGAAGACCUACGCCCGAUGCGCCGCUGGAAGGUAAGCUACUAAAUCGUUACCUCGACGCGACUGCCGCUCUUGCCAACUUGUCGAAAGACGGCUCAUCGCGGGCAGAUCGUAACGCUAUGGAUUAUAUGGAGCAGUAUAAGCAGAUUCAAAAGCAGAACCAGGCGAAGCAGGACGCGUACGGCAAGGUGCUUGAUGAGCAAUUUGAGGAAAUGAAAAAGCGCUUUGAGACGACGUCUCUUUCAUAA